UUUUUUUUUUAAGGGCAAACUAUGAGUACAUCUAUGAGAAUUAAGAUGGAAGAAUCACACUCCAUCAAACAAGAAAAUAUAAAUGUUCCCAUUCUGUCUACUGAACAAAGUGACGAAGUUGCCUUUUUAAGUAAUUCUGCAAAUAAAAAUGAUUGUAAUGACACUCAGACCUUUGAAUUCCAGAAUGGCUUUAAAUUGGAUUCUGAUAAUGUUAAGCAGGAGACUGUUCCCAAGGGAGAUCAUAAUGAAUGUUCUUCAAAUGAAUCUGAAAAAUCACAGCAGGAAACACAUACUGAGGAGAACCUGUUUCCAUGUAUGGAAUGUGGAAAGUUGUUCUAUACACAAUCACAAUUUCUCAUUCAUCAGAGAACUCAUACUGGAGAGAAGCCGUUUGCAUGCUCUGAAUGUGGGAAAUGCUUUGCAAUUAGUUCACAUCUUCUUUCACAUAAGAGAAUUCAUACUGGAGAAAGACCAUUCCUAUGUUUGUUUUGUAGAAAAGGCUUUAUAACAAAGUCAGACCUUGUUAAACAUCAGAGAAUUCAUACAGGAGAGAAGCCUUUUGCAUGCUCUGAAUGUGGGAAAAGUUUUGCAAAUAGCUCAAAUCUAAUAACACAUCAAAAUAUUCACACAAGAGAAAGACCAUUUGUAUGUUCUGUAUGCAAACAAAGUUUUCUCAGUAACACUGAACUUGUUAAACAUGAGACCAUUCACACAGGAGUUGGAGCAUUCUCUUGUACAGAGUGCGGAAAAGAUUUCUCUUGCAGAUCAAGGCUUGUGACGCAUCAGCGGAGUCAUACUGGAGAGAAACCAUUUUCAUGUCCUGAGUGUGGAAAGUGUUUUGCAAUAAGUGCCCAUCUUCGUGCCCAUGAGAGAAUUCACACUGGUGAAAAACCUUUUGGCUGUUCAGAAUGUGGAAAAUGGUUUAUUAGCAAGCCAGAUCUUGUUAAACAUCAGAGAAUUCACACAGGAGAGAAGCCGUUUCAGUGUACAGAAUGUGGAAAAUGUUUUAGAAGUACUUCUUAUCUUAUUACUCAUCAAAAGGUUCACACAGGAGAGAAACCAUUUUCUUGUGCACAGUGUGGGAAAUGUUUUAGUGCUAAUUUUCCUCUGAUCACACACCAGCGAAUUCACACAGGGGAGAAGCCAUUCUCAUGUUCAGUAUGUGGGAAGUCCUUUAGCAGCAAUGGAAAUCUUGCUAAGCAUCAGAGAAUACAUGCUGAAACAAAACCAUUUGUAUGUUCUGAAUGUGGAAAAUGUUUUGCGAUUAAGUCAUAUCUUGUUAGUCACCAGAGGAUUCACACAGGCGAGAAACCGUUUUUAUGUGCUUAUUGUGGUAAAAGUUUUGCCAAUAGCUCAAAUUUUGCAAUGCAUCAAAGGAUUCAUUCAAAACAAAACAAGUAAUUACUGCAUUGUAGUAAGUGUACUUUACUGAUUUAGGUGCAUGUGUUUGUGCGAUAAAACACAAACAGUGUGUGUCAAUUUUAAGUUCCCAAAGACUAUAAUACCAAAAUCAGGACAGAUGAUGACGAUUGUUUUGUAUAUACGCUAUGGUAUAGCUCCCCAAAUUUUUUUUUUUUUUUUUCUUCUUCUGGCUUUUUGGCUUUGAAAUAAAAGUAAUGG